AUGGGUUCCGGGACGUGGCGCAAGGCCUACGGCGCGCUCAAGGACUCCACCAUGGUCGGCCUCGCCAACUUCAACAGCGAGUACAAGGAUUUGGACAUUGCCAUUGUGAAGGCGACGAACCACGUCGAGUGCCCGCCCAAGGAGCGCCACCUCAGGAGGAUACUCUACGCGACCUCUGCGCAUCGCCCGCGAGCUGAUGUGGCCUACUCGAUCUGCACGUUGGCGAGGAGGUUGACCAAGACCAAGAGCUGGAUAGUUGCACUGAAAACGUUGAUAGUGGUACACAGGCUACUCAGAGAAGGCGAUGGCACAUUCAAGGAGGAUUUCCUGACCUAUUCAUACAGAGGAAACAUUCUGCAGAUCCCACAGUUCAAGGAUGACUCCAGCCCAUUAGCUUGGGAUUGCUCCGCUUGGGUUCGCACGUACGCACUCUACCUAGACGAGCGAGUGGAAUGCUUCAGGGUUCUCAAGUAUGAUGUUGAAGCCGAUCGUCUGCUGAAAUUACCCCAGGCUUCUGGCAAGGCACACAGCAGAACAAGAACCCUUCCACUCGCGGAUCUUUUGGAUCAGUUGCCUGCAUUGCAGAAACUGCUUCUCAGGCUUAUUUACUGCCAGCCUGAAGGCGCAGCCUGCUCAAAUUUCCUUGUACAGUACGCGCUAGCCCUUGUUUUGAAGGAAAGUUUCAGAAUAUACUGUUCAAUCAAUGAUGGCAUCAUCAAUCUUGUUGAUAUGUACUUUGAGAUGCCAAAAUAUGAUGCAAUUAAGGCACUUGAAAUCUACAAACGAGCUGGCCAGCAGGCAGAAAAGCUAUCUAAUUUCUAUGACCAGUGCAAACAUCUUGAGCUGGCCAGGAGGUUCCAAUUUCCUACUCUGAGGCAGCCGCCUCCUUCGUUUCUUGUGACGAUGGAAGAGUACAUCAGAGAAGCACCGCGUGCCAAUAUUGAGAAUAAGAGUUUGGAAAAUGAGGAGAAUCAACAUAGUGAUAAUCAAGAAGAAGCUCCACAGGAAACUGAGAAACCGGUGGAAGAGGAAAAACAAGAACCUGCAGAGCCUGAAGAAGAACCACAACCUGCUGCUGAGCCUGCAGAAGAAGCAGUCGAACCUCAGCCACCGGCAACCACCGGGGAUCUAUUAAACUUGGAUGAAGAAGUAAACCCCAUGAUUUCAGACCUUGAAGAAAGAAAUGCACUGGCUCUUGCUAUUGUGGCACCAGGGAAUGAAAACAAGACGUCAACUUCUCGAGACUUGUUUGCCCUUGACAAGUCUGGAUGGGAAUUGGCACUAGUUACCGCGCCAAGUAACCACACAAAUCAACAAAUGGACAAUCAAUUGGCUGGGGGUUUUGACAAGCUAUUGCUAGACAGCCUUUACGAAGAUGAGGCAAGGAGGCAGCAAAUAGCCAGCGUGACCUACAAUGGAACUAUUGCAGCAAAUCCAUUUGAAUUCAAUGAUCCAUUUGCCAUGUCAAACAGCUUCGCGCCACCAUCUAAUGUGCAGUUAGCUAUGAUGGCAGAGCAGCAGCAAUAUUACCAGGCACAGCAGCAACAGUACCUUCAGAUACAGCAGCAACAGCAGAUGGUGAUGUUGCCACCUCAAACAUACCAGCAGAAUUCUCAGUAUUCUGCCUCUUCUUCACAAGCCGCAUUAUCCAACCCCUUUGGCGAUCCAUUCAGUAACCUCGUUGCAAUGGCUAUUCCGCCGAAGCAAAGCAAUUCAAAUUUAGUCUGAAUUGCCUGUUUUGUUCCUAAAGCUCCCUCUAAUAUCCAUCAUACACAGAUUGGUAAUUCUGAGGAGUGACUUGUACAGUUCAAAAAGUUUGAAUACUGCUCUGUACUUCAGUAG